GCGGCUGCGGCGGCCCGGGAGGCCGAGGCCGAGGCCGUGGCGGAGUCACUGCGAUCCUGGCCGGCUAGCUAGCCAGAGGGCGAGCGAGCGAACGGGCGGGCGAGCGUCGCGGCCCCAUGGAGCUCGAGAACAUCGUAGCGAACACGGUGCUGCUCAAGGCCCGGGAAGGUGGUGGUGGCAACAGGAAGGGGAAAAGCAAGAAAUGGCGACAGAUGCUUCAGUUUCCCCACAUAAGCCUGUGCGAGGAUCUUCGUCAAAGUGUGGAGCGGGACUACCACAGCCUGUGUGAGAAGCAGCCCAUCGGGCACUUGCUCUUCCGGCAGUUCUGCGAGACACGGCCAGAGCUAUCUCGAUGCAUCGGCUUCCUGGACGGGGUGGCUGAAUAUGAGGUGACCCCUGAUGAUAAGCGGAAAGAGGCUGCCGAGAAGCUGAUAGAGAGCUACCUGAACCCCAAAUGUACAGACCAUAUUCCUGAAGUUCCUUCCCAGCUGGUGAGUGACUGUGCUGAGCGACUUGAGCAAGGGCCCUGCAAAGACCUCUUCAAAGAGCUCACCAGAUUGACUCAUGAAUAUCUGAGCGUGGCCCCCUUUGCCGAUUACCUCGAUAGCAUCUACUUCAAUCGAUUCCUCCAGUGGAAAUGGAUGGAAAGGCAGCCAGUGACUAAAAACACCUUCCGCCAGUACCGGGUCCUGGGCAAGGGUGGCUUUGGGGAGGUCUGUGCAUGCCAGGUGCGAGCAACAGGCAAGAUGUAUGCCUGCAAGAAGCUAGAGAAGAAGCGAAUCAAGAAAAGGAAAGGAGAGGCCAUGGCCCUGAACGAGAAGCAGAUCCUGGAGAAAGUGAACAGUAGGUUUGUAGUGAGCUUGGCAUAUGCCUAUGAAACGAAGGAUGCCCUGUGCCUGGUGCUGACUCUGAUGAAUGGGGGAGACCUCAAAUUCCACAUUUAUCAUAUGGGGGAAGCAGGCUUUGAAGAAGCCCGUGCUGUCUUCUAUGCGGCUGAGAUCUGCUGUGGCCUGGAAGAUCUGCACCGGGAACGGAUCGUGUACAGGGACUUGAAACCAGAGAACAUCCUGUUGGAUGACCAUGGCCACAUUCGGAUCUCUGAUCUUGGACUGGCUGUGUACGUGCCUGAAGGUCAGACCAUGAAAGGUCGAGUAGGCACUGUGGGCUACAUGGCCCCCGAGGUGGUAAAGAACGAGCGGUACACAUUCAGCCCAGACUGGUGGGCCCUGGGCUGCCUCCUGUAUGAGAUGAUCGAGGGCCAGUCCCCCUUCCAACAGCGGAAGAAGAAGAUAAAGCGAGAGGAGGUAGAACGACUGGUGAAGGAGGUGGCAGAAGAGUACUCGGGCAAGUUCUCGUCCAGAGCUCGUUCUCUGUGCACCUCGCUUCUGUGCAAAGACCCCCGGGAAAGGCUCGGCUGCCGAGGUGGGGGCGCUCAGGAAGUCAAGGAGCAUCCCAUCUUCAAACGUAUCAACUUUAAGCGGUUGGAGGCCGGGAUGCUGGAGCCUCCCUUCAAGCCCGAUCCCCAAGCUAUUUACUGCAAGGAUGUGCUGGAUAUCGAGCAGUUCUCCACGGUCAAGGGCGUCGAACUGGAGUCUACAGACAAUGACUUCUACCAAAAGUUUGCCACGGGGAGUGUGCCCAUCCCUUGGCAGAACGAGAUGAUUGAGACAGAGUGCUUUAAGGAGUUGAACGUCUUCAGCAUGGAUGGAACAGUACCCCCAGACCUCGAUUGGAAGGGCUUGCCCUCACCACAGCCCAAAAAGGGCUUGCUCCAGCGACUCUUCAGCAGACAGGACUGUUGUGGGAACUGCAGCGACAGUGAGGAAGAGUCCCCCACCCGCCUCUAGCCCAGAGGGCCUGACACCCACACCCGGAUGGCGGUAGCAGCUGCCCACCUGCCCUGUUUACAGUUUUGCACAAUUGUCCUUAAAGAUGUCUGUAAAGGCCCAUGGAGGUGCCUCAGAGCCGGGCAACCCCUGCACAUGCCAGGAUUGUUCUAAAUCUUUGGCUUGCCGGGGUAGUUUUCCUGCACCCUUGGGGGUGGAGCAAGGAGGAAAACUCUGUUCCAUUCUUCCUUCCCACCCAGCCUGGACGGGGUGCCCUAGGACACCUUUCUAGAGGUGGCAGACCCUGGCUCCCAAACCUGCCCCCUAGGAAUCAUUGGAAUUUUCUAUAUUUAUAUAUCUGUAUGUAUGUAUAUAUCAAGUGUAGAUUUUUAAAUCACUGGGCAGAGGAGCCAUCUCCCUCCCCACCACUGCCCACAGUACUCACUGUGGCCCUUCCCUGGGCCAGAGCAGAGAGGGGCAAGAUUUAUUGCCAAACCAAAGGGCCCCACCUGGCCCACAGGGGCUGCUGGGCAGCUAGUUUGGGUCCCAGGCCCUCCCCCAUCACACUCACUGUGUCACCCACCGUGAACUAGUGACAGUUGUGCCUACAUAUCCCACUGCCUUGUUUCCAGUGGCCUGGCAUAGCCUCGUGACUGCUGGAAACUCCCUCCCUGCCUGCUUCCAGAUAGGAACAUUUGGGGCCACUUAGUGAGGCCCCAAAAUAAGCCUCCACUUGGGGACAGAGGUAGCACAGACAGGAAGCCAAGGCCUGGCCUGUGGCUACCACCCCUAGGAUCCCCUACCCCCACAGGACCAGUGCCAACUGCCCGGGGAUUUGGGCCAUGUGGACCACACCCUUUAGAAAGGAGUGCAUCGUAGGGGUGGGGGUGGGGGGGUGGGGAGGGUUGUCUGAAUACCACCCUUAGUCUUCCCAGAAGGCAUCUCUUCCAUAAAGCCCCUGCCAGGUCUGAGCAGAUAGGCCUCUUCUCUCCCCUGGUGGCCUCCAGCUCAUGUGCCUUCCCAGGGGCUAGAGAAGUGGGGCCUGGGCUCUUCUCCAUCCCCAGUACAGCACCCCCCUUCCAAGGGUUUGGGAGGGGAGGACAGUUUUUAAAACAUUCCAGCCACAUUGCACAGUAUCCACUUGUCCCUGUGUGAGUUCCUAGCAAUAAUCUGCCCCUUCCUCGUGUUUCUGAGCGUGUGGCGUGCCUGCCCUCAGCCUGGGCCCUGUCAUCCCACUGAGCCAGGCUUCUCGGGACUGUGACUUACCCAAUAUGGCACCAUAUCUGUGGUAGCAUUUGCUUGCACUGAUGUUCCAAUAUGUAAAGACUGGUUUUUAUGCCUUUUAUUCAUUGUACGAUACCCAGUGUCUUUGUUGUUUCCUUCAUGCAAACGUGAAUAUAAGAGCAC